CGCUAGGAGCGCGCGCAGCGGGGCGUGUUCGGCCGUCAUUCGCCAUUCCUGAGGGUGGGAGUCUAGAGCGCGAGGAACAGAAGCAGGAACGGUUGCCACUCUGACAUGGCAGAGCACGAGCCCACCACCGAGCAGUUGGCACAGAUUGCAGCUGAAAAUGAAGAAGAUGAACACUCUGUUAACUACAAACCUCCAGCCCAGAAAAGCAUCAAAGAGAUCCAGGAGCUAGACCAGGACGAUGAAAGCCUGCGCAAGUACAAAGAGACUCUACUUGGUCCUGUCCCUGCCGCUGUGGAUCCAAAGGCUCCAAAUGUUGUAGUCACCAAAUUAACCUUGGUGUGCACAUCUGCUCCACUUCCCCUGGAAUUGGAUCUGACAGGUGACUUGGAGAAGUUUAAGAAGGAGUCAUUCAUGAUGAAAGAAGGGGUGGAGUACAGGAUUAAGAUCAGCUUCAAGGUGAACAAGGAGAUUGUGUCUGGCUUGAGAUAUCAGCAGCAGACAUUCAGGAAAGGAGUAAAAGUGGACAAGACGGACUACAUGGUUGGAAGUUAUGGUCCUCGUGUGGACGAAUACGAGUUUCUUACUCCAAUAGAAGAGACCCCCAAGGGCAUGCUAGCCAGAGGUUGUUACCACAUGAAGUCUUUGUUCACUGAUGAUGACAAAACCAAACAUCUCUCCUGGGACUGGAACCUGAACAUCAGCAAAGAAUGGAAGAACUAAGGUGCCUCCCAGAGCAGCCUCCCUGGGGUCCUAAUGAUUCUGCUCCUCCCAUUCUCUGAAGUGCUGCCAGCUCAAGUUCCAUCUCUGUACCAUGUGCUGUCUCCCCCAUGAUUCUCCCAACCCUAAAAAUGCCAAGUGGGAUUAUAACAUUUCUGCCUUGCCCAGCUCUGCCUUCCCGUUACUUGUACUGCAGGAGACCUGGGAGGAGAGAGCCACUUUGUGUGCAGGUUCCUCCUUUACUCAGAGAAGAGCUCCAGCUGAGAAAUCACAGCCACUAUGAGCAGGGAAAUUCUUGACUGCACUCUCCUCCAGUAAGCUUCAUCCCAAAUUCUGACAUCGCCUUCCGUUCCUGCUCAUAUUAAAAUGUUUUUUAUUUACCCCCUCCCUUUUCUUAUAACCAUGUUGCCUUAAUAAUUGCAUCUGUUGCAGGAGGCUCAAUAUUGCUCAUAAAAUUCCUCUAUGUAGAAGGGCCCACCAGAUGGGAGUACCUGCCCUUUGCAGUAUCUCCUGAGUUGAUCCACCUGUGCGUUCUCAGCUGCCCUUGUUCUCGAGGGUGAAUUAGUGAAGUUGCCCUUUAAUGGCACUUACCUAUGUGCAUACUACUCCCAGCACAGAUUGUGUAGGACCAAUCUAAAACAAAUGCAUUUUCUGUCAGCCCCACCCUUUAGGGGUACUAAGGAGCUGGAAUGGCCAGUUUUUUUAUGUGCUUUAUUAUUUGAUGUGCCACUUUAUUCUAUUGCACCUCUAGGCUAAAGUUGGCCUGCAUGAUAACACCUUAAAGGGUUUAGUAUGGGAAGCACUGUACCGUUGCUAGAACUGACAUCUGAAUGUGGAGUCCUGACCUGACAGGGCUGCCUUAUACCCAGGAGAAUGUAAUAAGGGUGUGCUGGGUUUUCCAUAUUUAUUGCCUUGAUAGGUCUUCACAGGAAGAGUUCCUCCUCUGCUCGUACUCCUGAGUUCACCAUUCCACAAUGGGGAAACCGUGUAUUUGGAGAGUCUGGGGUGUAGGGAAGGGGUGGUCUCCCUGCCCACAGAAUUGUUUUGUUUUUUUGUAUUUGGUUUGUCUGUACCCUGUUCUCCAGCCAGAUUAGCAUGAUAGCGAUUGUCAUCUGCUUUCCUUUUUAUGAGAAAUAAAGUAUUCCAACUGGCUA